AUGAAUAAUCGUGAGCAAAGAGAUGCGAACUCUUCACGUGGCAGAGGCCAUUCCGGCGGAAACCGCCGAGCAGCCCGAGAUGCGAGGAGAGCCUACGAACAUUUCAACACUCGGCGUCAAAUAGCCGACUGGUCAUAUGAACCAGUACCUUACGAUCCAAGCCGGGAGGUAAACCGCCGGCCUACCCAGCGAACAGAAAGCUGGAAGAACCGUAAAAACGUAAAGAAAGACGAGAAACCACAGGAAGUGAGACCGAGUCUAGUAGAGGAUGCCCCACGGGAUGAACCCUUAUACGACUUAGGACCACACUCGUCAAUGAUACCCGACCAGGACUGCUACUGCCAGAACUUCGAGUUCUCUGGCUUUAUUCCACUGCUUUCAGAAACAUAUGAAAAGCUAAGAGGUGUGGAUCCUAGACUGCAUGACCGACUGCCGCAGUCCAUGUUUUUUCACGCGAUGUGCACCCACCUCAACCUGGACCUGCUCGAGACGGCAAGAUUAGCGGGACAGAACGUCCUCAAUUUACGCACUGAUGCACGUGAGAUACUCCCAGAUUACCAAGUGCUUCCACAACCUGUAGCUGACUAUAUCUCUCACGUCACCAGCGUCAUCACCCAGGACGGGAGAGAGAUUAAAUUGAACCUCCCACCAAUUGCCAUACCGCAGGGUUCUAUUGUGGAAAAUAAUGUUGAAGUAUGUCCCAGUGGUAGUUUCGGCCCUGUCAACGCCGACACUCAUAAUGUCUACGAGUGCUAUAUUUCGCCACUAGUUACUUCAAAUCGAGUCCUGGCUUCACAACAACGGCAGGAAGACUACGAUCCACUGCCUCUUGAUAUUGUGGUUGGAAAUUUAGUUCCAAAUCGUAAUCUACUCGGUUUUAAUUAUUAUAGG